AAUUCCAGUUUGCGGGGCAUUACAACAGACAACAGACAUCGGGCAGCGGUUAGCGUAAACACCAGACGGCAGGCAGGCAGGCAGUAGACGCUCGCUUCGAUUCCAAUCCACCUCACAGAAUUCAAGUUUAAGCCGGGCCCAGGCCGACGACUCAGGCUCAGUGCGAGGCGACAACGCGGCGCGACAACAACGUACCACAAAUCCGCUCAGAUUCGCUCAGAUUCAAAAGAAACACAACAACAGAUGCGCAAAAUGUUCGCCUUUAUCGGAGUGCUUUGUCUGCUGCAAUCGGCCAUCCUGGUGCCCGCUCAGCUGAUCACGCUGCGCGAUGGCAAGGUGGGCGUGAACUUUGCCGGCUACCACGCCGAUGCCGGACUGGGCGGCCUCCUCACUGGAAACUCUGCCCACGGCGGGCUCAGCGCCUCUGCCGGGACUCCCUGGGGCUCACGAGCCGCCGCCGGUCUAGGCGGUAACCUUGACGGUCGCACGGACGGCUUUGGGUAUGCCGCAGCCCAGGCUAAUCCUUCGGUAGGCGCCAGUGCCCUCCUGGGGGGCAGCGCUGGCGAACACGGUUAUAUUGGCGCCGAGGCUCACAGUCCCGGCAAGACGGCAAUUUCCUCUAAACAGCACACAGUCCAUCAGGCGCCAGUGCCGGUCUCGCCCACUUCUGGCCCGGACUCACCACCGGCCCUGCCCACUGUCAGCAAUCAUGUCCAGAGGGUUAAGCCACCAAAGAAGUAUUCGCUGAUCAGGCCAGAUUCGGAGCACAGCGAAAUCAUUGAAAAUAAUGUGGUAGCAGCCGCAGGAUCCAUCGCUCCCGCCACACACCUCCCACCAGCGGCUGUGCCGUCCACAUCGGUGAUAAUUGUGAAGCGGCCGCGCCACCGCGUGAAGCGACCACGUCAGAGGCAACGCACCGUAUACGUAAUGCAGGAGGUGCAGCAAAGUGAUUUGCCUGCGGGCGACAUACAGGACGAGCACGAGCAGACACCAGAGGCGGAGCAGGAGAAGGCACCAGUGAAGAGUGACGUGAAGACCGUGCAGAGCCACAAGUACUCGAAGACCGUCCAGAGGCCGCAGACGGUGGGCAAUCGCCUUCUGGCACCCCAACCAUCAUCACCCGUUGGCCUGGCCCUCGACAUUCCCAUUGGCAUUUUGCGCUCCCUGCAGCAAUCUCUGGGCAACCUGGCCAACGGCAAUGCGCCUUCCUACGGUGGGGCCCAGGCGCCCGUUCAGGGCUAAGCCCACUUUGUUAGCUGUAAGCUUCUCUUUAUAUACAGUUAGAACCGGUGUCAAUCAAUAAAGCCUUUAAGCAGCUAA